AUGAAUAAUAAUGCUGAUAUCUUACCGCCAUCGAAAGUCAAGCCGAACUCAAUAUUCAUUUUUGAUGACGCAAUGGCAGAAAAUCAGACUUCUAUUCUAGGAUACUUCAGCAUGGGUAGGCACAAAGGUGUGGAUUGCUUCUACUGUGUGCAGAGUUACUCCUGGGUGCCCAAAAGUGUAAUAAGAGACAAUGCUAACCUAAUUAUCUUAUUCAAGGUGGAUAACACACAUUUAUCUCAUGUUUUCUCCGAUCAUGUAGCACCUGAUAUGACCUUUAAGCAAUUUCAAGACAUGUGUGCAAUGUGCUGGAGCGACAAACACGGAUUCUUAGUCAUCGAUAAGGAUAGCGAACUGACAAGUGGUCGUUACCGGAAGGGGUUUGAUAGUUUCAUAAAUCCACUGGAAGAUUAG